ACAAUCCAGAAACAGUACCGUGGACUUAACACCGCACAAUAAUUGGCUCCGAUUAAAAUUAAUUUAGAUUUAACUUUAUUUAUACAAGCAAUAGACAGGGUACAUGAAAACUUAGUAUCGGAAUAGGUUUGAUUCAUUGAAGGCAUAUGUGCUUGAUAAUAAUUAUCAAAGUUUGUCGUAAUACUUCCAAGCAGUUUACGAGAGUUUGACUUACUCUGUGUUUUUACCAGAGACUGCAGGUUGUAAAUUAAAAUUUAAAAAUCAUUUCUGCUUAAAUUAGCAAUCAAUUACAAUGUGGUCGUGUUGGGUUAUAGCCUCCCUAAUAAUUUGCCUCGUCACCAAAACGUUGUCUCACUCAUUUGAGACUGAGGACAUUACACCAGUACGGUUAACGGGACGGACCGGUGGACGUGUGGCAAGGAGAAGUGAAGAACAGCCGAGCUUCAGACUGACGGCUUUCGGCAGGAACUUCACUCUGAAUCUGACACCGGACAGCACGUUUAUAUCACCAGCACUGAAGGUCUAUCGCAUAAAAGCCAAACCGCAGUCUUCCUUCAGCAACCUGACAGAUUUGUAUAAAUCCUUAAAUCAAUCCGAAGACGCUGGGAGCGAUUUAAUCGACUGUUUUUACACCGGGGCUGUUGAUUCCAAUGAGGACUCUGUCGUCUCUGUCAGUCUGUGUCACGGGGUUUUGGGAUCAUUUAUAACGGAUGGUAAUGAAUAUCUCAUCGAGCCUAAACGCCUCGGCUUGGGGAAAUACGGAAAACUCACCGAACAGUUGCAUGUCAUUAAAAGAAGACGUUUUACAAAGUCCCAUCAGGUAUCUGAACCGCUGUCAGAUAUCAGAGAAGAUCACGAACAGCUGAUGUAUGAUGAAGAUAGGAUGGCAUCCAGGAGGAAACGCUUUGUUUCAGCUCCCAGGUUUAUCGAGACCUUAGUGGUCGCAGACGCUUCCCUGACACAUUUCUAUGGAGAUGAGAUUAAGCACUACCUUCUGACCCUGAUGUCAGUGGCUGCUCAGAUUUACAAGCAUCCCAGCAUUAAGAACUCCAUCAACAUAGUGCUUGUGAAGAUGCUGAUCGUGGAGGACGAGGAGGUCGGACCAUCCGUCUCCAGCAACGGGGGCGUCACGCUGCGCAACUUUUGUGCCUGGCAACAGCUCUUUAACCCACCCAGCCACAGGCAUCCCGAGCACUACGACACCGCCAUACUUUUUACUAGAGAGGACAUCUGUGGACAUCAGAGCUGUGACACGAUGGGCGUGGCCGACGUGGGGACCAUGUGUGAUAGCAAAAGGAGCUGUUCUGUUAUUGAAGACAACGGUCUUCAGGCUGCUUUCACAACCGCCCAUGAGCUAGGUCAUGUUCUGAGCAUGCCUCAUGACGACGCCAAGAACUGCGAGCAGCUUUUUGGACAUCUAGGAGAGGAUCAUGUCAUGGCUCCUGUGUUUACCCAGUUGCGCAAGACUUCUCCUUGGUCCCCCUGCAGCGCUUUGUACGUCACCGAGUUUUUCAACAAUGGAUAUGGAGACUGCUUGCUGGACACCCCGGACAAGAUGGUGGCACUGCCUACCGAGCUGCCGGGCGUAACUUACGGCCUGGAUCGCCAGUGCCAGCAGCUAUUUGGAGAGGAGUUUUCACAUUGUCCCAAUGCUUCAGCUGGCGAGGUGUGCAGACAGCUUUGGUGCCAGCAGGAAGGCCAAUCUGUGUGCACAACCAGGAAUGGCAGUCUACCCUGGGCGGACGGCACGGGCUGUGCCCCUAACAGGACGUGUCUGAACGGCAAAUGCAUGUCUUCUGAAGAAGUCAUGAAGCCUAAGGCAGCUGUGGAUGGAGGCUGGGGUGAAUGGGGACCAUGGCAACCCUGUUCCAGAUCAUGUGGAGGAGGAGUGACGUUCUCCUAUCGAGAGUGCAACCACCCAUCUCCUCAAAACGGUGGAAAAUACUGUGUGGGCCAAAGAGUGAAUUACCAGUCCUGCAACACACAAGCCUGUGAAAAUAACCGAGGGAAAAGUUUCAGAGAGGAGCAGUGUGAGAAGUACAACAAUCCCAGUCACUUUGAUGUAAACGGAAAUGUGAAGCAGUGGAUACCAAAAUAUGCUGGGGUAUCUCUGAGGGACAGAUGUAAACUCUUUUGCCGGGCGAGAGGCAGCAGUGAAUUCAGAGUGUUUGAAUCGAAAGUAAUCGAUGGAACUCCAUGCGGUCCAGACACUACAUCAUUUUGUGUGCAAGGCCAGUGCAUCAAAGCCGGCUGUGACCUGGAGAUCGACUCUAGUAAGAAGCUGGACAAAUGUGGCGUGUGUGGUGGAGAUGGGCUGAGCUGCAGGAUGAUAUCCGGCUCGUUCAACAAAAUCGUCCACGGAUAUAGAGACAUUGUGACGAUUCCAAGCGGUGCCACUAACAUUAACAUCAAACAGCAGAGUCACGGUAGCAUACCGCAUGACGGACAUUACUUGGCCAUACGGAGGGAAAACGGUGAAUACAUCCUAAACGGCAACUUCUCAGUAUCCACAGUGGAGCAGUAUAUUCCGGUUCUUGGAGCUGUGCUGAAGUACAGCGGAUCGUCCAGCACGCUAGAGAGAAUCCAGAGCUUCCGGCAGCUCCGGGAACCAAUCACCAUACAGCUGCUUUCCACCGCUGGUGAAUCCAUCCCACCGAAAGUCAAGUACACAUUCUACAUCCCUAAAACCAUGUCUUUCAACAAACCAAAAGAAAAGAAGCCGGCUGGUAAAUUUAUCCAUCCUUUCGGCGUCCCACAAUGGGUCGCAGGAGAGUGGUCUGAAUGUUCAAAAACCUGCGGCUCGGGAUGGUCCAGGAGGAAUGUGGAAUGUAAGGACAACGCUGGUUACUAUUCAAAUCACUGCAAUAAACAUCUCAGGCCUUCUGAUAUUAGGCCAUGCGCAGAUCUACCAUGUCCCAUAUGGCAGAUAGGACCUUGGUCAUCAUGCUCACAGACUUGUGGCCAUGGGGAACGGAACCGAAAUGUCCUCUGCAUCGAUUACACCGGGCAAACUGUGGAACCAGAGAGCUGUGACCCAUCUAAGAUGCCAGAGUCAGUAUCUGAAAAGUGUUUUUAUCAAGAAUGUUGGAAGAUUUAAGGGUGAUAAGAUGUUCCUGUGAAAUGAAAUACAGAUUGGAUGUUGACUGUGCUUCAGGUUGGGGCAGGAAAUGUUUAGCUUUAGAAGAGUGAACACGGUUGUAAAAUAAUAAAUGAUUUGAUCACUUCAGCUUUGUUUUCCAAAUGUAUGUAUACAUUUAUAACCACUAUUGAAGUUUUAGCUAGUAGAAAUCUACCUCAGCAAGCCAUACUUUAUUGCCAUUUUCCUACUUUCUCCAAAUUACUAUUGAGUCUUACUGUUCUUCAAAAGUUAGGCAGAUUCUAUAUAUAAUUCAUAUUUAAUAAUUACAGAUAAUAUGUAAAACUCAGAAGUUUAUAACAUUCCUCUCAGAUUGAAAUCAUUUAGGUUAAACUAUUUGUAUUGUUUCUGUAUCAUGUGAGGAAAACAAAUGAAAUCAGACCAUCAAGGUGCUAAUAACUUAUUGUAUUAAUUUGCAUUGUGACUAGGCUUUUUUUGAGUUUGCAAUCACCUGCUAAUUUAGACAUUAAUAAUCACAAAUUAGUUUUAAUAUAGUUUAGGAAAUAUCUGUAACAUAAUGGGGCGGUUUCCCGGACAAGGAUUAUUUUAAAACAGAACUAGGCCUUGGUUAAAUUAGGAUAUUUAAAUUGUUUCUAAAAACAUACUUUACAAAACAUUACUGGUGUGCAUCUUGAGACAAAAUAAUCACACUGAUUUAUUUUAAGACAUGUCAGUGCAAGUUGUUUUCGAUUAAGACACCGCUAACAUUUAAGUUAGUCUGGGACUAGGUUUAAGCCCUGUCUGGGAAACCGCCCCGACGUGUGUCUAUUCAGACAGUUAAAUAAGUUUUACCGUUGUUGUUCUUUGUAUAAAACACUGUUUACUUCAAAAGUGCACAUAGCAAAUUGUGAAUUGCUCUGUGAAUGAUAAAAAGAUUUUUCUAUGCAGUUUUCAGACCUUGCAGGGUCCUGCACUUGCUUUUGUAGUUUUAUAGAUGUUUGUUAGCUAGGUUUUGAAAGCGCUUUGAAGACGUGAAAAUGUUGCAUGUUGUUGAGCUCAAACAUUGCAGCAUGAACGAAUGUCUAAUAGGCUGGAUGCAGAUAACUUAGUCCCAGAUAACAUUUAUGAAAUGCUCCUGUAAGCUUUUAAAUGAUUGUAUAUGAAUGUUAAUAUUGCAUUAAUUAUUCCGGUUUUUGUACAUUUCAAAUAUCAAUCAUAUUACGACAAAACAUGUUAUCCCUUCAGUGAAGGACUAUGCUUGUGUUACUUCAUUGUAAAGCUAUUUAUUUUUGUAAAGUUUUUAGUGUCUUCAAGUGAAUACAUUAUGCAAUGUUUUUACGACAUGUUGCUUUCCUUUCGUAUUAUUUCAUUAAAGAAAUGUUUGAAUGUAUAACAAAAUUGUCUUUUAUAUUUAACUGUUAAAACAUAUUUUGAAACAGUGUUUGCAUUUACACUGUUACAGCUUGAUGACCGGCUUGGAAUAAAACUGUUGAACGUUGUGGAUUGUGUAAAGUGCUAUGCAAAUAAAAAUUACUUGA